CGCCCACCACUAGUCACGUGAGUCGCCAAAAUGGCGGCGCUCGGGCGGGAGGCUGGAGCCGACCGGAGGGCUGCAGAUGUGGUGCCGGCGGGAGCUCGGGAAGCGCCCAAGGACAUCAAGAUGCCAACAUACAUAUAUGGUCAGUCCAGUCCUUCUCUAGGAGAUGCAAAUCUCAGAAAACCAAUGGUCAUCGAAAUCAUAGAAAAAAAAUUUGAAUAUCUUAGACAAGAAAAGACUUUGAAUAUAUAUGGAACAGUGACCUUUGGAACAACAGCUGGUUUCUCUGGAAUAUUGGCAAACUUAAUUUUCAGACAUUGCUUCAAGGUUAAACAUGAUGCUUUGAAGACAUAUGCAUCAUUGACUACACUUCCAUUUUUGUCUACCAUAGUUUCUUGUGAGCUUCUUGUAAGACAUGCUUUGUAUUCAGGUAAUAUAAGCCGGGAAAAUUGUGUUCUGAGAAGUUCACUGAUUGGCAUAGUGUGUGGUGUUUUAUAUCCCAUUGCUUUAGCUUUUUCUAAAAAUGGACGUCUGGCAGUCAAGUAUCAUACUGUUCCACUGCCACCAAAAGGAAGGGUUUUACUUUAUUGGCUGCUGCUUUGUCAAACAGAGAUAAAAGCAAUGGUGAUUCCUCUUAUCCUUCAGACAGCCCUUGGAAUAUAUCAUGGUCUAGAGCAUUAUGCAAUAUUUGAAAGUACACUUGAGAAAACUGUACAUGAAGAUUAACCAAAGAAUGAAUGGAUACUAAAUCAGCAUAAUGGACUUUUUUAUGAUCAGGACUUAGGCACUGCUGAAAGAGUUAAAAGUAAUUCUGGAUAGAAAAUUUGUUUCUUUUCCUUUUGCCUGGUGUAUAGCAGGUGCUCAAUAAAUAUUCAGUAAUUAAAUAAAUGUAGGUUUCGUCUCUGUUUUGUCAUUGUAUGUGGAAAUGGAUUUGAGGCCUCAAGGUCUGAUCUAUACAUUUAUGUAUGUAUUCAUUCACAAACAUUUAUUGAGCACCUGCUAGGUCUCAGACAUUGUGUUACAUAUAGUAAGAAAUCGUCCUUACCCAGAAAGAACUCACAAUUAGAAAUGUGAACACAUAGCAUGAGAGGGUUUGAGAGAUACACACAUAAUUCUUUGGGCACACUGAGGGUGUGGCUGUUAACUACUUGUGCAGAAGGGAAAGCUAUGGGGGGGAAGGUGACAUUUGUCCUAGUUUUUGAAGGGGAAGUUGAAAGUUCACAAGAAAGCAAUAUAACAGCCCAUUCCUCUACUCUAAACUCUAAUUCAGUAUACUUACUAGCUCUUAUCAUUGACAAAUUACCUUCACUGUGCUAUUUAAAGAACAUUUAUUGAGUGCCUGUUUGCUAUGCAUUAAUAUAGGCACCAGGGGUAUGAAAAUUCAGUCACUGCCCUCAAGAAGCAUAAAAUCUAAAGAAAGAGAUCACAGCAUGCUUCUUUAAGUCUGCUAGAGCAUUCUUGAGCUACAUGUUUAGGGAAACAGGAGAGGAAAUGAAUGCUGUCUGAUGAAAAGAAUAAGACACAGAAUGGAACCCCGUUAACUCAUUCUCCUUGUCUUAAUCACAUUCAUCUUGAGAUUUAAAUUGGUCAUCUGAGGCCCCAAGCAACACAAAACAGAAAUGGAAGUCUUAACGAGGUGCUUUACAGCAUCAUAUAUAACAAACUGAAAUACAUACUCUUUUACUCAUAAAAAAAAAAUGGUUAGUAAGCCGUACAGCUUUGUAUUCUCAGAAUAAUUCAUGAUACUUGAAACUGAGGAAAGGGUAGGCAAUUGGGGGGAGAGAGGAAACCAAGUCAAAUAGAUAACAAG